AACUUAUAGUUAUAGCAUUAGCCGGCGCCAAAUAUUCGGUUAUUCUGCGUUUCUUCGCUAAAAGCUUCCCAUCAGUUCACUUCCCCCCCAAACAAACCUUCCACACAACACUUAAAAACUGAAAUCUUUCAGUUAAAAACCUCAUUUUUGAAAGCUACAAUAAUAACAGCUUAAGAACAACAACAAAAACAACAACAAUUUCAUCCAACAUCCUUUCUGCUUCUUUCUCCCCUGAUAAAUUUAAAUUUGCUCCCUCAACUGAUAUACAAUCAUAUUUUGACACUGUGUUUUCUUGCAAACAAUCUAAAAAUGAUCAUGGAAAAUGGGUUUUCAUCACCAAGAAGUGAGCCAUUUCCUGCUGGUUUGAGGGUGUUGGUAGUUGAUGAUGAUCCAACUUGGUUGAAAAUUCUUGAAAAGAUGCUCAAGAAGUGCAAUUAUGAAGUGACGACAAGUGGCCUAGCUCGCGAGGCUUUGAAGUUGCUUCGUGAUAGAAAGGAUGGUUUUGACAUUGUCAUCAGUGAUGUCAACAUGCCUGAUAUGAAUGGCUUCAAACUUCUGGAGCAUGUUGGACUUGAAAUGGAUCUUCCCGUAAUCAUGAUGUCUGUGGAUGGGGAAACGAGCAGAGUUAUGAAAGGUGUCCAACAUGGAGCUUGUGACUAUCUGCUCAAACCUAUACGAAUGAAGGAGCUUAAGAACAUAUGGCAGCAUGUUGUGAGGAAAAGAAUGCAUGAAGUGAGAGAUAUUGAGUGCAUUGAAGACAGAAGUGGAAUAGACCAUUUUCAUGAUGGCCACUAUGGUGGUGACCACACAUUUCUAAAGAAACGAAAAGAUCUUGACAACAAGCAUGAUGACAAAGAUUCAAAUGAUCCUUCUGCCAAUAAGAAAGCUCGAGUUGUUUGGACUGUGGAACUCCACCAAAAAUUUGUCGAAGCUGUAAAUCAGUUAGGAAUCGACAGUGACAAAAUUGGUCCAAAGAAGAUACUGGACCUGAUGAACGUGCCAAGGCUGACAAGAGAGAAUGUUGCAAGCCAUUUGCAGAAAUACAGGCUUUAUCUGAGUAGGAUAAGGAAGGAAGAUAAGAUGGAAAGCAGUUGUGGAGAAACGAAGAAUCCAGAUUAUUCCCCCAAAGAAUCCAGUGGAAGUUUCAGUCUUCAAAACUCCAGUUUUGGGCAACAAAAUGACAUUACGAGCAAGUAUGUGUAUCAGGAAAAUCAGUUGCCUGUUCAAACUCCAGAUUCCAAAACCUUUGACAAUGAUUUAGGUAGCAGCAAAUUUUUGACAGAGCAUAGAAUACCUUUCAGCACUGAGAAUUCUGAUUCUCACACAUCUAGGAACUCGCAGAUAGGCCUCAACCAUACUUAUGGGUCUAUAGAUACCAGCAUAAAACAUUCAUCAUUUGACUCUACUGUUGCUGGUCGGUACCCCUGGAGUGCGGAAAUACCAGACCUGAAGUUUGAACUUGAAUAUAAGCCACAUCUGCAGUUGGAGAACAAUUUCAAUCAGCCAGCAGCUCCAAUUAUGCAGCAGCACAUCAUUCCUGAUCUCAUAGAGCCUGCUCCACAUGUCAGUGCUGAUCUCCUAGAGCCUGCUCCACAGUGUACACACACCAGUUCUGGUCCAUCAAUCAGCGAAACUAACUUAGGCCUCAUUGAUAUCAAACCGCUGAUUGCUAAAGAGGGUGGCCAUGAUAUCAAGGGACUAUCUCCUAUGGAAAGUGCACUUGGAUCAUUCUCUGUCUCAAAUGCUGAUGCUUGUGGUUGUGCUUUUGACAUGAAGAAUCAGAACUUUAGUCAGGGAGUGAACAAUAUAACCAAGGAACCCCCCCUAUUAGAAAGGUCGUUUCAGACAUUCCCUGUGCAGUCCGGGAGCCAUCUCAUGGAUGCACAUGGUUUAGACCCGAGCUUCAAUGUCACACUGCAGAUGGAGAAACAGAUUUCCUGUCAGAGUAGUGUACCUGGUUCUGAACUUGACCUGAGAAACCAGGUUUUAAAGAGUGAAUCAGCUUCUGAACUCCUACGUGAGGACUUGAUGUUUCGCUUGCUUCAAUAUGGUGAUUGUACUUCCAAAGAUUUUGGAUUGGGUUUCAGUUUGCCAGAGCAUGAAAGUGUUUUGCCACUUUAUAUGCCAAAGUUGGAUUACGAGAAUUCUUUUGAUUGGGGGGAAUAUCCUCCCGAUCAAGGCCUCUUAUUCUCAUGAUUGCUCUUGUAAAGGAGACCUCCAUAAGAAAGUCCGCCAAUAACCCUUUGGUACAACGAAUUAAGCAUGAUAUGAAAUUUCUUUUGUUUUU